AUGGCAGUCAACAACAACAUAAUGGUCCGACUGUUGGUUAUAGAGAUCACGUUUUUGAUAUUAGCCGUCGUCAACUCAUACCCGGCGUUUGAAGAUAGCGAAUUUAAACAUAAAAACAGAGACAAAGGAAGAACUAUAAGAGGUUUCAAAAAUAUGGACUUAUCUACAGCUAGAGGGUUCGGUAAACGAACCGACCAUUACAUGAAUUUAAUGCCAUUGGAUUUAUUUGUGGACAACAAAGAAGAUAGCUUCAAUCAAAAUAUACCGAUGGAAGUGUCUUUGGAAAAAAUAUUGAAGAACAAAUACAAACAUUUUAUCGAAAAGCUAAUCGAUGUCAACCACGAUGGUUAUAUUUCCGGAGAAGAAUUGCUGCAGUCAAUUGAUGGUGAAUCAUAA